CUCUUCCUCUGUUCUCAUCCCCCCAUGAUCACUCAAACAAAACCCCUGCAACCCAUCAGUGCACUCUCUCUAGUCUCUACACACAGAAAGAGAUUCUGUGCGUUUGUGCCUGCCUAUAAAGAACAGAGCUCCCAACGGAACUUUUCCUUUUAUCUGCUCCUCCUCGUGACCUACAACUACUCUGCACACAAAUAUAUAUCCCAUCCUCUCUUAAUUCUUAUCCCUUCUUUCUCUCUGUCCCAGUUUUCAUGCUUCCAUUUCUCUGUGUGUACUCAGAGUGUCUGGUUUCCUUAUUGGGUAACUUUUCCUUCUGAGAUAUUUCUCAUUCGUUUUGGUCAAAACCCAUUCUCAUCACUGUUUGGGUUUCUUCGUCUUCUCUAGGGUUUUGGGUUUUUUUUCACAGAACGAUUGAGACCUUUUGGUUUCUGAGUGUGUGUUUUUCAUAGAUUUUCCUGAAGAAUUUGAUACGUUCUUCAAAAACGAUUUUUUUUUUUAUAGGGUUUCUAGUCUGUUCCUCUAAUAAAUAUAUCUUCUAAUUCUUGGCUUUUUCUUCCUAGUAUUUUUAAGCCAACAACUUUUGUUGGCUGUACUUCCAGGGUUUAGGGUUUUGUACUUUUUCCCUUUUUUUUUUUUGCUUUGCCAGUUCUCUCAGUGAAAAAAACUGUAGCAAGUUUUGAGCUUUUCUUGAAGCUGGGGCUCUUAAUUACUAUCUGAUUCUGAAGACUUUCUGCUUGUUCCUGAAAUGGGAUUUCUUCGAUGUUCAUUUUUUUUCAAUGGUUUGCUCUGUUUUAGCUAUCGAAUUGUAUUUGCUCUCCCGCUCUGGCAUUAAAGCCUGAAUUCAAUCUGAUUUUUUGGGCUUUCAGACCUUCAAGUACUCUCCCACUGAAUUUCUUCAAAUCCUGAAUCUGAAUUUGGGUCUUAGGCCUCCAAUUUCAACUGAAUUUCAUCUUCUUUGUCGGAAACGCUCCACAAAUGUCUUCGUGUCUAAGCGGAGGCAGCGGAAGAACCUAUGCGCUCGACCUCGACAUCGUGAAAUCCCCAUCGACAUCGACCAGAACCUCGCACUCUUCUUCCCCUUCUUCGACUCUCUCCGAAUCGAGCAAUUCCCCGCUCGCAAUCUCCACCCGAAAACCCCGAACCUCUCGAAAGCGGCCCAACCAGACCUACAACGAAGCCGCAGCGCUCCUCUCCACGGCCUAUCCCAACAUCUUCUCCACCAAACACCUCAUAAAGCCUCGCAAAUUCACAGCACAACAUGAUUCUUUCUUGGACCAGUCCUCCGAGUUACUACUGCCCUUUCGGGUCAUCGACAGCUCCGGUUUCUUGCUCCACCAACCAAUCCAAGAAAAACCCAGUUUCCAAAUCCAAUCCAAGGUUGCGAAUUUCUGCGAAAAGCCAUGCCAAAGCCCUGGGGAAGUUGAUUUUCAGGCGAAUUCUUUGGAUUUGUGUGAUGGGUACGAGGAGGAUUUCGACGCGGAAUCGAUUCUUGAUGAGGAAAUCGAGGAGGGAAUCGAUAGUAUUAUGGGGAAUCUGAGUGUGGGUACCGAUACGGUAGAUGAUUCUUGUAGCGGUGGCCAAAAUAAUUCCUGGUACGGGAAUCCAAUUCCAAUGGGAUUGGGUUUUGGCGGGAAAUUCGAAGUGGGUUUUGGGAUGAGAAGGGGAGGAGUGAGAGCUCUGAGACAUGUUGAUGAGGGGAACUGGUGGAGAUUUCCGGUCGUGGAUGUGCGCCAAAUCUCUCCGAAAUUCCACAGGCAUUCAUCAGGUUCUGCAGAGAAGAAGAAAAAGAAGGUCGAAAAGCCGCCGGCCAUGGAGUUGAAGCACAAGGAAUUGCCCAAAGAAAAUUCUACUCCCAAACCCAAUUCUGGGUUGCUGUUGAAAUUGAAUUUUGACGAGGUUUUGAACGCUUGGUCCGACCGGGGAUCUCCGUUUUCCGACGAAACUCCAGGCUCCGAAUUGCCGGGAAAUGAUGUUUCUGCCAGGCUUGCGCAAAUAGACUUAUUUUCGGACGGAGUGAGAGAAGCUAGCGUGCUACGCUACAAGGAAAAGCGGCGUACACGGCUCUUCUCUAAGAAGAUCAGGUACCAGGUUCGAAAAGUCAACGCUGAUAGACGGCCCAGAAUGAAGGGGCGGUUUGUUAGGAGGCCAAACUCUAGCGCAAAUGGUCAAAGAUGAAAAGGGAAAAAAAAAAACAUGACAUUGGGGUUGUGUUCUUCACCAACACUUUUGGCUUCUCUUCUUUUUGUUGUUUGAUUACAACUUCCUGUUUUUGGUCGUUGUCCUUUUUUGUUUUUCCUACUGCUUUUUCACAGCAAGAAGCUCAGGAAAUUAAGAAGAGGAGCAUGGAGAAAUAGCCAAAACUACUUUUACCCUAGCUAGGUUUUGAUCAUUUUCUCUGUUUUUCUUUUUCUUUGUUUUUGUUUUUUUUUCCUAGUCUUUCGUUUCCACUUUGUUACAAGUCAACAAUACCUUUUAGUAGGUACAGAGAUUUUGGUGAAUUCAAUAGUAGCACAAGGCAAAUCGUUAAUUGGCUUCAAA